AUGUUGCCGACAAAACUUCUUCUGGCAGCAGCGCCAUUGGUUUGGACAUGGGCCAGUCGUGCUCCUACAACCAAGGCUUUGCAAGCUAGGGCGUCUCUACCAAGUACUUUUUCAUGGAGCUCGUCUGAUGCCUUGAUAGGCCCCAAGGAUGAUUCACGCGCGCUUGCUGCCAUUAAAGAUCCCUCUAUUGUUUAUUACAAUGACGCCUAUCAUGUCUUUGCCAGCACCAUUUCCGAGUCAGCUGGGUAUAAUCUUGUUUAUUUUACCUUUGGCGACUUUUCCGAGGCCAAUGAUGCCGAGUUUCAUUAUCUUGAUGAGACUGCAAUCGGCACUGGGUAUCGCGCGGCUCCUCAGGUCUUCUACAUGGAGUCGCAGUCCCUAUGGUACCUGGUCUUCCAGAAUAACAAUGCCGCGUACUCGACCAAUUCAGAUAUUGCCGACCCUUCUGGAUGGAGUGAGGUCAAGACAUUCUACUCUAGCGUUCCCAGCAUCGUGACUGAGAACAUGGGCAGCGGUGCUUGGUUGGACUUUUGGACAAUUUGCGAUUCUUCCAACUGCUACUUGUACUCAUCGGAUGAUAAUGGUCACUUGUAUCGCUCUUCGACGUCGGUCAGCAGCUUUCCGAGUGGCUUCGGUGACCCGGAAAUCGCUCUCGAAGACGAAUCCAACAUUUAUGCCUUGUUUGAGGCAUCCAAUGUCUACAAUGUCGGCGAUGAGUAUCUACUUCUGGUCGAGGCCAUUGGAAGCGACGGAUACCGCUACUUUUGGUCCUGGACCUCCUCCUCAUUGGACGGCACGUGGACAGCUCUGGCUGACUCGGAGUCGAAUCCAUUUGCGCGGUCAACAAACGUUGUAUUUACUGGAACGGCUUGGACCAAGAGCAUCAGUCACGGAGAGGUCAUACGGAGCAAUGUUGACCAGACCAUGACUAUUGACCCCUGUACUGUUGAAUAUCUAUACCAAGGCCUCGACCCGAAUGCGAGCGGAGACUACAAUGCGCUCCCUUGGAAGCUGGGUUUUAUUACUUUGACCGAUCCGACUUGUUAG